AGUCCUUCUGAAGCCACGCCCACUGUGUGUGCUGCUCUAUUUAAACACUGCCCAAACCCAGGAGCGUUAUUCUGAACGCUGAGCUAAUUAACAGAGAGCCGAGGUGUGUCUCUGUUCCUGACAAACAUGUCUGUGAUUAGCCUGCUCCUAGCACACACCGCCACGGUGUCUCUGGCUUUAGUUUUAACUGCUUUUAUAUUUUUAUACUUUUACUCGAAAUCCUCCAAGUCGUCUAAUUACAACUUCCCCCCCGGCCCGCCGGCUCUACCUGUUAUUGGGAACCUGAACAUUUUGGACCUGCACCGGCCAUACAAAACGCUGAGUAAGCUCUCGGAGACGUACGGCAAUGUGUUCACCUUCCACAUGGGUCCCAAGAAGUACCUAGUUUUGACAGGAUAUGAGGCAGUCAAGGAGGCUCUAGUAACCCAAGCAGACGACUUCUCGGAGAGAGGCCAGACGCACACCACAAACACUAGCUCUAAAGGCGGGAAUGGUAUUAUCUUCGGUAAGGGGGAGUCCUGGAAGGUGAUGCGUCGAUUCACCCUCUCCACUCUGCGGGACUUUGGGAUGGGGAAGAAGACCAUUGAGGACCGGAUCAUCGAGGAGUCCCAGAAACUGGUGGAGGUCUUCCAGUCCCACAAAGGAAAACCCUUUGACCCCCAAAUCAUCAUCAACUCUGCAGUCUCCAACAUCAUCUGCUCCAUCGUGUUCGGAGACCGCUUCGACUACGGCGACGCACAGUUCCUGAAUCUGCAAAGAAUUGUGAAUGAGAACGUCAGGCUGGCUGUGAGCCCCAAGACACAGCUGUAUAACAUGUUUCCUUUCCUGGGCUUCUUCCUGUCUGAUCACAAGAAGGUUCAUACAAACGGAAAAAUGUUCCAGGGAUACUUUAGAAACACAUAUAAGGAUUGUAAAGACACUGUGGACAGUAAUGACCUGAGAAGCUUCAUCGACACGUUCAUCUCUAGGCAGAGAGAAGAGGAGGCCAGAAACUCUAACAAGUAUUUCCACGAGGAUAACAUGGCAGCCACAUCGGCGAACCUGUUUGCUGCUGGGACUGAGACAACCUCUACCACCCUGCGCUGGGGGCUGCUGCUCAUGAUGAAGUACCCCCACAUUCAGGACAAAGUCCAGGAGGAGAUUGAGAGUGUGAUUGGGAGAGAGCGCCCCCCGCAGGCCGAGGACAGGAAGAGCAUGCCCUACAUGGAUGCCGUGCUGCACGAGAUACAAAGAGUGGGCAACGUGGUGCCCAUGAACCUGCUGCACGAGACCAGAGGGGACACCACCUUCCGGGGGUACAGGAUACCCAAGGGUACCCCGGUGAUCCCGCUGCUCUCCUCCGUGCUCUCUGAUAAGACACAGUGGGAGACCCCUCACCAGUUCAACCCCAACCACUUCCUGGACGCACAGGGCAAGUUUGUCAAGAGAGACGCCUUCAUGCCCUUCUCAGCAGGUCGGAGAGUGUGUCUUGGAGAGACCCUUGCCAAGAUGGAGCUCUUCCUCUUCUUCACCAUGCUCCUGCAGAAGUUUCACUUCCGCCCUCCCCAGGAGGUUAGCCCUGAGCAACUGGACCUCACCCCCACUCCUGGCAUCACCUCCAGCCCCCAGCCCUUCCAACUAUGUGCCCUGAGCCACUGAGAGACCCUGUGGUACUGCGACCCUGCCUUACUGCAAUUUUUGAUGGUUAAUUUAUGGACAUUAGAAAAUGAUUCAGUACCGUCGACCAAUCAGCUUCCAGUUAUAGCGGGCUCUAAUAGAUGGUAGAUGCCUGCUGGAACGUCCCAGCACCAACUGUGAAUCAAAUUUAAAAUCAAUCAGCGCAAGUGCUGGCUUUUUACUUUUUGACUGUAUUUUUAAGCGUAGUUAACAUCUAUUGGACAGUAAAUACUAAAAGAAACAAUUGGUCAAAAUAAAUUUUAUUAUCCACCAAAACCAGCCAAUCAAUACUUUGCAUUGACAAAAGCAACCAAUCCUGGACCUGCAACUGCCGAGAGCUGAUCACUAUUGCUUCAUUCAUAUAUAGAUUCAGGAGAGAAAGGCUUUGGCUGAAGGUAAAAACAUGGUGAGUUAGGAGGCAUUUUAGACUGGUAUUAUAAAUAAGGGUUUAAAACUCUAAGUUAAUAAAAAAUAAAAAAAACAAUUUACUAAAUAAAAACUCAUUGUUUUUCUCUUUUA